AUGAUCUCGUGGCUGAGCCCAGUUCCUUCUCUUCCUGAGCCAUUAGGACCGCACAAAGUUGGCACGAUAGAAUGGGAAAUCCCUAUCUCAGAGAUUCCUUUGCCUACGCCCGUCCCCGAUCCUCAGAUCUCAACCCUCAAGUUCCGCAUCUUCUAUCCGACCCUCUCGACCGCCACCUCCAAGAUUUCUGAACCAUGGCUCCCGCAACCACAACGGGCCUGGAGUCAAGCAUACGCUUCAUUCAUGGGGGCAAGCCCCAAGCUGUCGUCCUUGGUCGCAAGCUUUCCUUUCUUCCUCAACUACACCAAACUUCCUGCCACACCCGACACACCUCUCCUGCCCCGGGAUCCGUCCUCCAAAUACCCGGUGGUUGUCUUCUCUCACGGCCUGGGAGGCAAUUUUAACACAUAUAGCGCAAUAUGCACCUCACUCGCAAGUUUUGGCAUCGUGUGUGUGGCUCCAGAACAUCGUGACGGCAGUGCCCCUAUCACCUUCAUCCGCGCUGCGGACGGAACGACGACCUCGAUCGGCUACCAGAGAUACCCGCACACUCCCACUCCCGAUGUCCUUACCUCUCGCAACGCCCAGCUACGGAUCCGGGUGUGGGAACUGGAGCAACUGUUCACCGUAUUGACCCGGCUCAAUUCGGGCGGACAACAGUUUUCCAACUAUGCUGCCAGGGACAGCAUGACGGCAAAGUCAGACUCCCUGUCCUGGAACAACAAACUUGACUUACGGCCGGGUCGAGUUACGUGGGCCGGACAUUCCUUUGGUGCUUGUGCUAUGGUCCAAUUGGUGAAGUCAGUGUACUACUCCAAGUCCACGCCCUCUCUAGAGGGUACACCCUACGAAAACGAUCUGGACUGGCAGCCCCUGUACAAACCCACAUCGAAUUUCGAUCUUGUCUGUCAGAUCACUCCGGGCUCGCCCAUCGCGCUGCUGGAUCUCUGGGCCAUGCCCCUACACGCAGAGCAGACAAGAUGGCUCUUCGAGAAGCCACUGCCAUGCUACGACCAAGAUCCCACUGACAGCGGCAAGACAACCCCGACUGUCGUCGCAAUCGUGACUGCUGAAUUCUACAGACACACCGAGUUGCUUUAUCGAAUGCGAGCUGCCCUGUCACCCAGCCCAGCAGAGGCCACAACAACGCUGGAGGGUCGGAUCGAAAGCUCCAAUUCUCGUCAGGAACGGGAAGAACUCACCAAAACUACGGCGCUUUCUGCGCCGCCAUCCAAGAAUUCCUCUCAAACAAGUGCAGAUGUUGAUGUUCAGUCCGACUCCAUCUCUACCUCACCACAUGUCUCAUCCGCGUCAUCGCCGCAGACAUCCUCCGUUCCCAGCCGCACGCCGUCCCCCAUUCCCGGCCCCAGCGACGUCCCUAGCCCAGCGUCCUCCACAACUUCCGUUUCGUCUUCUUUCCCAUCUGGACCUGAGCGGGCCUCCAGACCUGCUCACCCAUCUCAUCCGAAAAUGUACCUCGUCCCCUCCAGCGCCCAUCUCUCCCAGUCUGAUUUUGGUCUGUUGUUCCCCCGCUUGGUUCGCUAUCUCACCAAAGCCGAGGAGCCGGAAGAGAUUAUUGCCCUGAACGUGAGGGCUAUUCUCAGCAUGAUGCGCGGCACUGGACUGGAGCCCGAACCAUUCAAGUGUUCUCAGAGCUCCAAAGCUGCGGAGCAUGAGAAAGACGCUGCGGAUGAAGAUGACAUCUUGACCGAACGGUGUAAAGAGAAAAGAUUCGUUCCUGUGCCGCUUGCGGACUGA